AUGGGACAAGAAUCUUAUUUCGAUUUUGCUAAAAGGAAAAGAAUAGCCGUAAAUUUAUAUCAUUAUUAUCUCUUUAGUGCGAUUACCAACAAAAUUGAUUUAAAAAAAGGUAUAAGCCAAAUAAAACAAGAUUUAAAUACUAUGUUUUCUAGAAGACAACAAAAAAAGAUAAAUUCUGAACAUUCGCCAGAGCUUCAAACUUUAAUAGAUCUUAUCAAAACUACUCAAAACAAUAACACUUAUGUUCAAUACAGUGUAUAUAUUGAGUCUUGUGCUAAAAGACUAGGUUGGCAUGAAGUUCUAGACUGCACAUUAUAUGAACUAUUGGAAUUAAUUGAGGCAAAAAAAGGAUCACAAAUCAAGAUUGUAAAGACAAUUAGUAAUUCAUUUUCAAAAGUAGAAUUAAGCCCGAAUGACUUGCUACUCUCUGGAAUCCUGGACAUUGAAGCUUUAGACACCUCAGGCUUCCCAAUUAAAAAGGCAUUACAAGAAAUGAGGCUAUGGAAUAAUGUUAAAGAAACUUUAUCACCUAAGCUAUUACCCACCGGAAUAAAGAAAUUUAUUAUAAACCAAGUUAGUGCUGGUAAUAUUUCAAUACCAGAUGAUGGAGAUAGUCUGUUUAUUCACAUUGAAGAGAAUUUAAAACUUAUAAAAGAGAUAUUUAAUGAAAACUUGGGCAGUGAGGAUAAUGAUAGGAAUGAAGAAAAGGACAUUUAUAAUGAUGAAGGGGAGGAAGAAUAUGAAGAAAUUAGUAGUAGAAUGUUUGCAUUUAUUCCAACAUAUAAUACACCUCGAUCAUCUAUUAAUAAUUAUUAG